AUGGGGGAGCUUCGGAGUUCAAACAUUUUCAGUACUUUGCCAGAUAAUAUCACAGAAAUUAUUCUCAAGUGUUUGCCAUUGCGGGAUGCUGCGAGGACAAGUAUCUUAUCAAGAGAAUGGAGAUAUAGAUGGAUAACAAUUCCAGUCAUUGUAUUUGAUCGCUGGCUCCCCCUCGAAUUACAGGAAAGCCAGAAAUUUAAAACAAUUUUUUACCAAGUUCUCUUACUUCACAAGGGACCUAUACUUAAGUUCACCCUUUCCGUCCGUGGUCUCAGAAGCUGUCCUGAUAUCAAUCAUUGGAUCCUUUUCCUGUCCAAGAACAACGUCCAGGAAUUCACCCUAUGCAUUUAUGAAGGUGAUCCCCAUAUAUUGCCUUCCCACUUGUUCACCUUCCGACAACUAAGGCAUUUGAAUCUUUCUAACUGUGUGUUCAAACCUCUGCCUACAUUUGAAGGAUUUAGUAGGCUCGUCAGCCUUUUGUUUUCAGGAGUUAUCAUUGUACCCGAAAGGUUUGUGUGGCUGAUCUCUAAUUCUCCUGAACUCGAACAAUUUUGGUGGGAUGGCUGCACCGAGUUUGAUUGCCUUGAAAUUGAUGCUCCCAGACUCAAAACUUUUAGCUUUUUUUGGCAUUUUCAAAUCCAUUUGUUUCAAGAACACCCAUCUUCUUGCGGAAAUUUGGAUGAAUCUAACUUCCAUGGAUGUGAAUGUGGAUCACCCUGGGGAAGGAAAAAACUCUUAAUUGUAUCAAGUUUCUAA